UGUACAUUGUAAUGUUGUGAUUUUCAGCAUAAAAAAAUUUCAAAGGUACAUCAUGCAAAAAAUCGCUUUUUAUUUGUUAGCUAUCUUGGGAACAUCUUUAGUCACACUAGGAAUGCCAUAUCCAUCGGGUAAUGGCAAUAAUGUGGAUAGGACGCCGCGGCUAAAUAACCCAAGUGUCACACAAGGUCAGCCAAUACCACCGGAUGGCAAUAAUGUGGAUAGGACGCCGCGGCUAAAUAACCCAAGGGUCACACAAGGUCAGCCAAUAUCACCGGUUAGCCUUGAAAUUGUUGGGACGCAGCGAAAUGACGAAAUAAUUAAUAUAGGACCGGGAAAUGAAGAAGAACAUUUAGUACCUAUAAAGCGAGGUUCUGGGCCACGAUGUUGUAUUACUUUCUGCAAUGUGGUGAAAGUAGCAGGAUCUUGUUGUUGUAAACUUCCAAACGAAUGACUAGAGGGUACUCUUUGUUAUUACAAAUACGAAUCCAAAUGUGGCGUGUGAAAAUAUUCCAGUUUCUUAUAAAUACAAUAUAAAGUUCUAUUUGAAUUGUUUAAACUUAC